UUGAACAAACAAAAAUCCCGACCAAACUCUUUUAUGCGUUCACAGUUGGAACCAUCAACUGCUUCAAACCCCACAAACCCUUCUUUUAACCCCUCCCUGACUCCACAUUCCACUCCCACCCAUACCAAACCAGGAUGCUUCUCAAUCUCUCUCUCUUUCUCCUCUUCUUAACCGCCAGUAACAUCACUGUUCAAGCCAUUGGUGUGAACUGGGGCACUACCUCUUCGCAUCCACUACCACCAGACAAAGUGGUGGAGCUCUUGAAGUCUAACAAAAUUACCAAAGUCAAGUUAUUUGAUGCUGACCCACUUGUGUUACAAGCUCUUUCUGGGUCUAACAUUGGUGUAACUGUUGGCAUUCCCAAUUCCAUGCUUAAAAGCUUGAAUUCUUCCAAGAAAGUUGCUGAAAGCUGGGUUCAUGAUAAUGUUACCCGCUAUGUUUCUAGUGGUAACAGUGGAGUUCGAAUUGAGUAUGUUGCUGUUGGAGAUGAGCCGUUCCAACAAAGUUACGGUGAGCAGUACCAUCCCUUUGUUAUUGGGGCAGCCAUGAACAUCCAGACAGCUUUGGCCAGAGUGAGCUUGGCAAACCAGGUCAAGGUUGUGGUUCCAUGUAGUUAUGAUACUUUUCAAUCAGAAUCCAGCUUGCCCUCCAAAGGACACUUCAGGCCUGACCUCAAUAAAACCAUGACUGAACUCCUAACGUUUCUCACUAAGCACCACUCACCAUUUUUUGCUACCAUCUCCCCAUUUAUGAUUUCCCACCGAAACAAGAACAUUUCUCCUGACUUUAGUCUCUUCAAAGAAACCAAGCACUCUCGUAAUGAUGGCCAUAGAACAUACAAAAACAGCUUUGACCUAGGCUACGAUACCCUGGUUUCUGCGUUAUCAACGGCUGGGUUUCCAGAAAUGGAUGUUGUUGUUGCAAAGAUUGGUUGGCCUACGGAUGGAGCAGCCAAUGCCACCCCAUCCGCUGCUGAGACAUUCAUGAAAGGUCUAAUGGAUCACCUUCAUAGCAAAUCAGGUACCCCUCUUAGGCCUCGGAAUCCACCUAUAGAGACAUACAUAUUUAGCUUGCUAGACGAGGACCGGAGAAGCAUAGUUAAUGGAAAUUUUGAGAGACAUUGGGGAGUUUUCACCUUCGAUGGUCAAGCCAAAUACAAUGUUGAUCUUGGCCAGGGUUCCAAGAAUCUAGUAAACGCACAGUAUGUUGAAUAUCUUUCUUCCAAGUGGUGUGUUGUUAACAAUAACAAGGACCUGUCUAAUGCAACUGCAAGCGCCUUGGAUGCAUGUUCAACUGCUGAUUGCACCGCACUUUCUCCUGGUGGAUCCUGUUUCAAUAUCAGCUGGCCCGCGAAUAUUUCAUAUGCCUUCAAUAACUAUUACCAGGUGCAUGAUCAAAGGGCAGAUAGUUGUGAUUUUGGGGGUUUGGGUUUGAUUACGACAGUUGAUCCAUCAGUAGGUAACUGUAGGUUUCCUGUUGAACUUCGCACUUCACAUUCGGAGUCUCUGUAUGGGACCUGUCUCCUCCAAUGGAUGAUCUUGCUAACCAUAAACACGAUAUUACACGAUUUCUUGUGACGGAGGGAUAUCUGAGAUUUGUUGCACCCUUUUGAUUUGCCUCAGGUUUAUGCAGUGCAUGAUAGUUGUUGUAGGAGGUUUGAUGUGCACUGCAAGAAUCUUUACACUGUUAGAGCACAGUAGUCGGAAAAUGACAUCGGUUGUUCCUGUCAAGAUUUUGCGGUUGUUUCUUGUUGAAAUGAAAAGGUUUUUCAUUCACAGCAUCCCAAUAAAUACCACUAGUUGAUUGCAUUCGGAAAUGUCUAGCGAGUGGGGAAGGUGUGGAUUGCCCGAAGGUAGAGGUUCAGGUUGGAUUCUCCUUGUGGGCGAAAAAAAGGAAGCUGAAAUCUGCAAUUUGCUUUUAAGCCUUUACCAGUGGUGGAACCCAAGGCAAAAUUAAAAAGCCUGAAUUUUUUUUUGAGAUUGUUCUUUGGUAAUGGUGAUUGGUGAGGUUAUUAAAGUUCAUUAUCAUUUCA